CCUCGGCUCGGUGUUCACAGGCGGAAACCCGACAUCGACCCCAGCGAUUGACGCUUAUAGCCUUCCCUAUCCACCCAACAGGACAGCACCUUUUUUAAUUACUGCCUCCUUGCCAUAUUUUUUCCUUAUCAUUGGAACUUUGAUUGCGUGUGUACUCAAUCGCCACUCCAGAAAUGGACACAGCCGAAGACCAGAAAAAGGCUGUCUUGGCCUUCCGCAAGGGAUGGAAAACAGCCCCCCGGGUGCCCAUCUCAAAAAUGCAGGCCUACUCCGCGCGCCCAAGGCCGGUAAAAGGGCCACUCUUGGUCAGUAAUACAACGAUUCCACGCCCAGGCUCGGAGGAGGGAGAGAAUCUACGCUCAAAGCUCUGGCACCUCUAUCAAUCCAAGAGCGAGGGCGUUGAGAAGCUUGACCCGCCCGCGCCCUGCUCCGACUACAAGGCUGAAUGGCUCGGGGUUCGAAAUGAUGUGAAGAACCACAAAGCCCCUCAGCCAGAGGGCACAGAGCAGGAAAAAUUCAAUGGCAUUGAGCAGCACGCCACAAAUGAUGUGACACUUUUCUAUGUCCCUGGAGGUGCUUGGUUCCGUGCGGGAUCUCCCGGCUCCCGGCCUCUGAUCCAGCAGCUCUGCCAGCACAGCGGGUCGCGCGCCUUUACAUUUCAGUAUCGUCUUGUGCCGCAGUACACCUUGCCUACACUCGUGCUCGACACAUUAGUGGCCUAUUUCUAUCUAAUCGCACCUCCGCCGGGAUCAUUCCACAAGCCCAUCGACCCCAAGAAAAUUGUGCUGGUUGGAGAAUCUGGUGGCGGGGUUCUUCACCUGCACCUCCUCCAAUUCCUCCAGUCUCUUCUACGCGGGUCAGACAAACCAACUAUCACGUUGAACGGUUGUACGAUUCCAAUUGCGAUGCCUCGAGGCUGCGCAUUCGUCAGUCCAGCGGCAGACUAUGCACUGGCUCUUCCCUCCGUGGAAAAAUUCAAGCCUGUAGACUGGCUAUCAGAAGGCGCGCCGUGGAAUCAGCCCGGCUUUCCAGCCGACGAGAUCUGGCCGGCCAGCCCGCCCCGAGGCGACCUUCACUGCGACGAUUCGGCACGGUGCCAUCCCCUUAUCGACCCCUCUACGUGGACAGAUUGGGAGGGUAUGCCGCCGAUGUGGAUUGCUUGUGGCGAGGAAACAUUCAGCGACGGGGUAAAGUUCCUGGUGAAGAACCUCAAGACCUCGGGAGUUCCUGUGACUUUUCUGGAGUAUGAGUUCAUGCCUCAUGUUUGGAAUCAAGUUAUUCCGGCGCUCCCUCAGAGUAAGCACUGCAUGAAAUCGUGGGGUGAGGCUUGUCGGACGAUUGGGAGUGAAGCCCACGAACAAACUUCCUCUGCCUGGUUUGUUAAGUUGGGCCGGUUGGAAAUGGUUCCAAGACACAUUGAUGCGUUGCUUGAUAUCCCGCGUGAAGAAGUCUUGAGACGGAUGCGAGCGGCAAGAGAUGAACUGGCCAAGUUUGUCCGGAAAGGUGGGGAAUCAAAACUGUGAUUUACAACCUGCCAUACUAUAUACAUUCUAAAGAUUUCAUUGAUAUUGGAUGUCUUGUUAUUUUGCGAGCCUGUACUUUGUUCUAUCACCAUUUCGGCUGCUUAGCCUCGAAAACCAAAAUCGACCCAACAACGUCCACCUUCACAUCAUUGAAAUUGUCCCGAAGACCUUGAAUCAAAACCUUCGCGCUAUCACCAGUAUUACUGAGCCUUUUCUCCCAAUUCAGAACCUUAAGCAGGAUGCGACCAGCCCAG